UUUUUCGUCCAGUUUCCCGUUUCCGGCUUGCUACUUCAGUCAGUUUAAAAAAAAAACAAGUUUAGUUGAGAAUUUUGAUUUUACUUAUUUUAUGACGUUGCGUUUGCUAACUUUAGAGUUUAACCUUCGUAGUUUAUUUUGAUACCAAGGUAAACUGUUAUGGGCGUGACUUGGGUUUUUCGUUAUGUUUCGUAGUGUUUCGUUUGAGCGUUUUUGUUGUUGUGAACUUGUCACUUGUGGUUAUGAUUAGUUACAGCGGUGAUUCAGAUGAAGAUUUGGUUUCAAGUCCUUUGUUUUGUUAUUCUCAAAGUACAGCGUGAUUAACUGGACGGACGACCGCAGACAGUUCUCAGGUUCUGUAAGCCAAAAUUUGCACUUGGUGACUUGGAAAUCUCAUACGACGUGCAAACAUUGGGUGUUAGAGGCUUUUCUCGGAAUAUUGAAGGAUACUUUAUCAGUCUUUAUGGUCGUAAGUUCGUAAGGAAGAUGUUUUAUCAGGUUUUCCGUAGUACUUCAAAUUGACUAGUUUUCUGAUUAUACAAAUUCGUAUUCCGACUCCUGUUUAUCCAUAAUGGGAAUGUGACACCGUGACUCCCCUUGAACACUCAAGAUCUUAGACCUGCAGUCACCUAUUGAAUAAAUUUGUCAGCUGAUCGAGUGGAGCAUCGGAUCUGUCAGUAAAUAGCAGAGAUGGUUGUCACUGGGUGUACACCUUUUGACCACGUAAUUCCUGGCCGUCCGCCUCCUAACAAUCUUCCCGUUCUCCUGCGAAAAGAUAAUGUAACUUCUUCUGAGGACUAUGGACGAAAAGUUGCGGCUACGAAUUUGCACAUGUUCAGAGUCGGUAUUGAUCCAGCCCUCCGCUUCUACACGUUUGCUGGAACGUGGAUAGUGGCGAUGAUAUUUCAACAGAAAGUCUUCAGGAAUAAGUUACCGCGUCCUAUGACGCAUCGUUAUUUUUUGGUACUUCCCAUUGUGUCCGGAUUAAUAGCCCAACAGAUAAUGCAUUACAAGUACACUAAUUCUUAUCGCCGAUUGUGGUUGGAAUCGCAGGGAGUGACUCUGCCGCCAAAGAAUGUUUCCAGUCUUAGUGAUCGAGGGAAUGAUGCAACCGUGUGAUUACGUUUGACAGUAGCGCGCAUGAUGAUGAAUGAUGUGCAUUUACGGAUGUUGUUGUCUUGUUUUGUAAAUAUUCCUGCAUCCUGUUUUUAUGUUGUCCUGGUUGUCCAACGAGUGAACAUCAUUAGAUUGCGGUAUCCAAUGCGGCUUGUAUGUACGAGUAUUCUGUUUACUGCAGACGAGGGGGUUACUGUAAAGAGAACUAAAACAGAACAAACAAUAAAAAACUGCUGAAAGUUGAAA